GGAUUUAGACUUGCUUCCAUGGCAGCUACCUCCUUUUGAAAGCUUCUUGCUGACACUUUUCUGGUAGUGGUGCUGCUUCCUCUUUUUUUCGUAAACAAAAUAUUAUAGUCUUUUUUUUGACAUUUCAGAAUCUUCUUGAAAGCAAUUGUAGCACUUUUUUUCUUUUUUUUUUUUCUGCUAAGAUGCUUGUUAUUUCUGUUAUAUACUUACAAAAUGCAUCAUUGUAUUUGCAACUUCUGUAUCUAAUGGACAAAUCCUUGUGUAAAGAGAGCCGUCUCAGCAUGGAUUGUGACACAAAACAUAAGCAGGGUUUUGAGCUGGACGGGGGAUGUGCUGACCCAUCCCUUCACAAUUCCCCAUGUACUAUUGUAGUAAGCCAGGGCCUGGCUCUAGUCUGCCCUUGCUGUGGUGACCCUCCCUUAGGUUUUAGCAGAAGUCAGGACAAUUUACGGAUGAUGAGUUAAAAGCCAAGCCAAACCAAAACAAGAUAAUUUUUUUUGCAAAGUAAAACCAAAAGUUUUGGUUUUUUCAGCAGAGAAGGGUAGAAAGGACCAUACUACUCCCCUUGUCUCGCCCAUCUUUGAAGCUUUUAGGCUUUACGCCACUGAAGUAUGUCAGCCCUUCUUUUUUUUUUUUUUUUUUUUUUUUGUGUUGCACACAUGAUUUCAUUUUCUUGUGGGAAUUCUGGCAUUCCCCGCACAACAAUGUCUGUCCAAAUGUGUGGCGAGUUUUAGGCCUUCAUUGUAGGAAGGUACUUUUCUGUAAGAUAAGCUGUCCUAUGAAAUUUAGCUGCACCUACUAAUUAUGUUUCUGGAAUUUUUGCCAUUCUUUUUUUUGUCAUUCCUAUUCCAAAUCACAUGCACAGUUACAAUUAAAGAGGGAUUUUUUUUGGGUUUUCAGGCUUUUUACUCACCAUGGGAUCCAGGUCAGUCUGGAUGCUUUGAUAAAUGUCACUUCCGUGUAGAUGUAGUGUCAUCUGUUACCCGGGCUCUAGUGUUUUUCACUGAUUCUGCUUAAUUUUAACCUGCCUCAUUCCAUUACUUUUACUGUCUUUCUAAGGACAAUAAUUAAAGUUGACUGGGUGCAGACUCUGAAAAACAUCACCCCCAGGUGAUAAUGUCCCAUUAUCGUAGGCCAAUACAAGUUCCUGCUUAACCUGAGAGCAGAAAAUUACACACCUAACCAGUCUUUGGCCAGGUUGGAGUCUUUUCAGACAGUACAUGUACUUUUAGGAAGCCUAACAACCAAAAUGAAAGAAAAAACCAAUUUCUCGAGUCUGAAUUGAGACCCUGUAUGCAGGAGUAACAGGACUGCGGGAGGAAAUGUGAUUUUGAUUUCGCAUGUAAGAAACUAAAUAAAAUCACUGUAUUUUUGUUAUCUGUCCAGUGAGGUAUAAAGUUUCUGAGAGAUUUGAGAAAUCCUAAUUUGCAGAACUUGCUGACAUUUAAUCACAAGUCUUAUUAUCUCUCUGUGUCUGUCUGUCGUCUAAAAUAACAGAAGGCAUCCAUCUAAUAUGUAAAUCUGAUAAUGCAGGGAUCUUGAUGCUGGAUUAUAUUCCUAUUUCUCUAAAACACUUCCUUUGAUUAAAGGACCCCAGAAGCUACUGCAGUUCUUCUAGACUAACCUUAUGUUUCUUCCUGUUCCUUGUCUAUUCUGUGUGAAGUUUUUUGAUUGAUUUUAAUCUCCUAAUUACCCUUAACUAGUACUUUAAUUUUUUUUUCUUUUUGUUUAUCUUUAAACUGUGGCUUCUUUAGCUACUCCAGUGAUGUAGUUAGGGUAAUAUUCAAUUUCAUUCUCUGUGCUUUCAAGGAUGCAGUGCUGUACACCACAGGAGAUAAGGCCUGCAGAAGACAGCUUGCUUCUUAAGAAAUAUCUUUAAAGAACCCAUGGAGCUAUGUGUAUUGCAAAACAAGAAAUUGGCAGUGUUACCAAAAGCCUUUAAAUAAAAGGAAAUCUGUCUUUCCAAGGUGUGGGAGUAGUACAUGGCAAAGGACAGUCCUUACAAUAAAAUAACUGCAAAUAGGAGAAAAGUGCUAACAUUCUGAAGUAUUAUUUACCCCAGUCCGCAGAGCGGCUUUGCUGUAGGUAAAGAAUUCAUGCUGUAUCUGUUACUUACAAGGCGAUCCUACCUACAUCUGGUCUUCCCCGCUUUGUGAGUGUUCAAGCCUUAACGAGUACAAGGGAAUGUUACAAUCUGAACAGUUUAUUUUUUUUCCCUGUGUGCCUCAGUGCCUCAGCUAAAACCUCUGGCUCUUUCUGGCUUCACCGUGAAAUACAAAUACACUUACUUCUACUUGACUCCAGUAAGAUAUUUGCUAACUGUUAAUAGCUGUUAAUGGUGUUACCUCCGGGAGACCCUGAGAGCCCUUCAGCCCACACAUUUAACCCUGUGAGACAGAGAGGUAGGGGGGAAUUUGAUUGCAUGUUGGAGCUGGAAGUGCCGUCAGGCCUGCACUUGAGGGACCAUACCUCUCCUUUUGUUAGAGUAGUCAUGUUUCCAGGUUUUGUCAUGUUCAUUGUGCUAAAAAUCCAUUAAAUGAAUAAGCAGGGAUAGAUGGUUCCCUAGGUCAAUGAUUUUACUGGAGUCUGUGGUAACUGAGAAUAGGCUUCCAAGUAAUUCCCCCUGAUUUUGCUCUGAAGGCAUGUGUGACACAUUGCAAACCGGGAGGUGGCUGCUAAAGACCCUGAUCUCUUGCUGUAAAACUGUAUCGUGUAGUAGUUAAAAACAUCGAUCUUUUCUGGGGUGUGUGUGGGGUAACUACAGCACAAAGAAUACAGAUAGUUUUUCCUUGAAUGUAAGGUGAAUUGCUGGUCUCAGGGUAGAUGGCACCAUGCACUGAGCAUAACUGAAAGAAAAUUAUUUUGCUUAAACUAUCUGAAAGAAGGCUGCUACUUCUCAUCUUCAAGCACCUAUUAAGUCAUCCAGUAUUAGUCAGUGUAAUUACGGAGGCUGCAGAAGUAAUUCCAGAUAGCAAACAGUGUUGAAAUGUACAAUUUAGGCUUAAAAGCAAAAUGAUCUCAAAUAGAUUUUCCUGCAAGUUAAGGGAGCCCCAGUAUGAUUGUCAGUCACCGCAAUCAGACACUGCUCUGCACUCAGGGUUUUUUUGGCCUCUCCUGCUUGCUUUCUCAUACCAUGUUGGCAAGCUGCAACAAGUGAAAACUCCACCCUUCCUACAGACUGGGGAGAAUAAAAUUCAUAAACGGCAACAGCUGGCGAGUAAAAUCGGGGUUUCUCUGAAGGUGCUGUUUUUUCAGACAGUCACUGCGUGCAGCUGAGAAAGGGGCGGGAUCCUUUUCAACUUGGUUAGUCGUGAUUUGCUGAAUUCGUAGACUUUUCCCCUCAAAACCCCAACCCUCUCUCUCUCUCUCUUUUUUUUUUUUUUUCUUCUCCUUCUGAGAGAGAGAGAGAAAGGGAGAGGGAGAGAAGUUGACUUGCGGCUGCAUCUCAGCGCGCACGUCAGCGUUAAUCUGGUCCCCAGAGCCUUGCCUGACGCCAUGAGUUCGGAAGCCGACGAACCCAAGGAAGCCAUUUGCUGUCUGGGUUUUCCACUGCCUGAUGGUGCUUGCCCAACCCAUGUGUCCGGCUGACGUCCUUCUAUCAAUAAACUCUGUGGCUCUCCUGGUCUCUUUCCACUCCUGCCCUCAGCCAGCAGUGAAGUUGCAGUCCCAGUGUCUGAGGUUGAAGAGUGAAAGCUCUCAGAGUGUUUCUGGUCUUCCAUGUCUGAUACAAGCCUCAGUUUUCAUCAGCUUGUGAAAAGCCAAUAAGUGAACAAAUGCUUGUGAAUGUGGAGACUGGCCAAUAUGCUGAAGUGGCUGUUUGGGAGCUGCUAUUUUCAGAAGGAAUUCUAGAAGAAUUUUGGGAAGGAUUGUAAGGAUUUCAUCAUACCUUUCACCCAGGAAACUUUGAAGCACAGAGAUAAGAAUCAAAGCACUGACACUCUUAAAAUAGAAAAAAGAAAACAGCAUUAGAAAACCUUUUUGAAACUGUGACUCACUCAAAUGGUUAUUAAGAAGAAGCUAUAUAUAUCAUUUGGCAGAUAGAAAAAUCAACUUACCUUGUUCAUAACUGAAGAUUUCAUAGUCUAUAUCCUACCACUCAAGUUUUUUAAUCAUAUUGUCAUGUAAUAAGUACAUUGUGAAAAUUGUUACAGCCCUGGUAACAGGUUUAUAACUAUUCUGCCUAUUUUGUACCUCAGGACUUGUUUGUUCACUGGUACUAACUCUUGUAGUUUACCACCAUUGGAGCUUUACCUUACUGAAGUAAUGUAUUUAUAUGUGAAUUCAUAUAUUUGUAUGCUUCUGUAUUUAUUUUUUUUAAUGUUUCUGGCCUGUUUCAUUCCUACAAACAAGGGUAGACCUGUGAAGACCCAGAAAGCAGGAGGCAAAAAAAUUAUUAAAAAUUCAGUACUUCUUUUAUCCCUUCAUAUCUAGGCAAUCUCAUGAUUUUGGAGGUGCAUGACUCAUGGUCACAUACAGUCAGAGAGCAUAACACUAAUUCCACUUGAUUUCAAGUUGCCUCCCUCCAGGGAAACAGUGCUCUUUCACUACAGGAGUCUGACUAAACAUGCAAUUUGUAUGGCAUGUGCAGGCUUUUAGCUGUAGUUCUCACACACAGUCUGUAGAGAAGCAAACACACACAGGAUUCCCAGCAGGAAAUCCAUUCCUACAUUUCUCAAUGCUAUGUGAUAGUCUUUUAAAUGCUGCCUGAAGCCAUCAGUCAGUGCUGUCCCUUUCCUCUCAAGCCCAUGUUGAUGUUUUUGUUCCCAAAAACCCUCAUCAUUUUUGAGUCUUAACUCAUGCAGCACGUGAUGUUCCAGUCACUAAAAUGAGAACUGGGUCUUAGGAAGCAGUGUUUCACAGUCAUAUUUUCUCUUCUUUUGAGACUAUUCUGUCAACACAGUGAGUCUCUGAAAGCUCAGCUCUUGACUUGACCAUGGAAUUUAUGUUGGUUUGCUGUAGUUUUUUUUUUUGCUGGAUGCUUUUUUUUUCUGCUUCUUCAUAAUGAGAAGUUUAAAAAUACUCUGAGACUCAAGUAUGCAUUGUUGAUGUACAUGAGGUUGCAUAUACUUAACUGCAAGUGAUGUUGAAUCUACCAUAGACUGUUGUCUUGUGGAAGAAAAGAAGCUGGGUUUUUUGCAAAUACUGCAUUUUUUUUUUUUUAAUUUAACUAAAGUUGAGACAUAGGGUAUGUGGUAAUACUGUUAUAGUCAUUUGCCACAGUACAGAGAGAGGUCUGCUAACUUCCAUGUGAGGGAAAAGUCAUCAUUGCAGCCAUAAGUGUGAGCCUUCUUGUACUUUUAUAGCAGUCUCCUGAGAGUCUAUUAAUCACAAUUUAAAAUUUUCACUAAAAGUUUACACUUCCACCACAGUUUAAGGAAAACCUCUGUAUGGUUUUAAAUAUUUUUAAAUAUUUAAAUAUAGUUUUAAAAUAUUUUGGGAAAAACACAUGCAGAAUAAACAUUGGACAUUGUAUAUGUCCUGUAUUUAUUAAUUUUAAUACACAAAAUACCAUGUUAAACACAUAUACUGUGUGCUUGGCUAUGAAAAUAAAGAAGUUUCAUAAUUACUAAGCUCAACAGCUUUCACAGGAGGCAGUCUCUUGUACCUUGUUUUCUUGUUUAAAUAAUAAAUUAGGAGAUUUUAGAGAUGUCUGCAUUUUUCCCAAGAUUGAUCCUGUGAAUUUCAAAGUAAUGGAAGCAGGAUUUCUUCUGAGAGCCUUUCCUCUUGGACUACCUUCCUCUGUGGAGGCAUGGCUUUACUGCAUAUAAUCACGCUUAUUUGAGUAGUUUGUGCAGAAAAUGACAUCUCAUUGAUUUCAAAGGCAUAUUUUUGAUGAUAACCUUUUAAAAGGUAAAGUAUAAAACUGCAGAGGAAAGAAAUUGGAGCUAUAAAUAGCAGUCAUGAGGUAAACCCAACUGUGAGAUGCUUAAAAUUAGUGGGAUUACCAGCAGGUCACCAAAGAAAUGACACUAUUUCAGUUUAAAGUGGCAGUUCUAAGGAUAUAACCUGUCAACACAUAUGGUGUGGUCAGACAUCCAGGCCAGCUAUUGCAAUCACUUUCAAAAUGUGUCUACAUACAGUCAUCCCUAAGUAGUUGUAUAAAGGUGCAUUUUCAGGUGGUGGUGUCUGAAAUUGCAGUCCAAAGUUUGAAAUGGGAUGCCUGGCAGCCCUAGCAUUGGGAGCGCUGCCCUCCUCAGCACAACCUGAGUCAGGCACCUCUGAUACACUGAUGAGCAUCUCCACUUGCAGAUACCAGGUUAAUGUUUUAAAACCUCUUCUUGACACGUCACCUGUCCUCUCGAGUCACAGGACCUUUCUUUUCCCUCCCUGUCUGUGAAUUGUUCCAGUUGUCAGUUGGCAGGAACAGCCCUCAGUGUUGCACUGCUUGCUCGGCGCUGCAAUUUCCUUUCAGCUCUCUCUUCAAGGAAGUGAAACCACUGAGAUGUAUUCUUGCAUUUUGAGGUGCCAAAGCAAAAUGAAGCACUGCAGGCAGGAGAGAAAGGUAGCUGAGAAGAGCUGCCCUUACAGUGAGGAGGAAAACCCCGUAUUCUCUCUGUGAUAGCUUCUGACAAUGUUUCAAAGCACACAAUAAAGUGUGUGCUGCAUUUACCAGAAUAAAUACGCCACAGACCAGUCUUCAGCUUGGGUGUUUUGCUUCUCUUUCUGCUGUCAGCAGUAAAAACUGCAAUUACAUUAGAUGAACAAUGGCCACAGAUGUCUUCAACUCCAAAAGUCUGGCCAUUCAGGCCCAGAAGAAGAUCCUUGGAAAAAUGGUGUCCAAAUCAAUAGCAACUACUUUGAUCGAUGAUACAAGCAGUGAUGUUUUAGAUGAGCUUUACAGAGUAACGAAGGAAUAUACACAAAAUAAAAAAGAAGCAGAGAAGAUCAUCAAAAACCUCAUUAAAAUAGUCCUCAAAUUGGCAAUUCUUUACAGGAACAACCAAUUUAAUCAGGAUGAAAUAGCACUGAUGGAGAAAUUCAAGAAGAAGGUUCAUCAGUUGGCUAAGACCGUGGUCAGUUUCCAUCAGGUGGAUUAUACCUUUGACAGGAACUUUUUGUCCAAACUCUUGAAUGAAUGUAGAGAGCUGCUCCAUGAAAUCAUUCAGCGUCACCUAACUGCGAAGUCACACGGACGCAUCAACAAUGUGUUUGAUCACUUCUCUGAUUGUGAAUUUUUGGCUGCCUUGUACAAUCCCUUUGGACCUUAUAAAAUUCAUUUGCAGAAACUUUGUGAUGGGGUCAACAAAAUGCUAGAUGAGGGCAACAUAUAAGUACUUGUACUAGAGGUAACUGCCUAUGAGUUAUUUGUAGAUGGAACACUGUUGAUUUAUGAAGGAAUAAGGGAGCAUGCAAAGAGGUUUUUUUACAUUAUGACAAAUCUUUCCUGAAUAUCUCUAUUAAUUGAUUUCUUACUAUGUGCUAUCUGUUGCUAUUCACAGUCUAUCUGGAAUGAAAAUUGCACAUGACUUUUUUUACUGUGCUUUGCCUAUGGAAACAGCUUGAUAAAGACAAUCGAACAGAAUGACUCAAGUAGAGUAAGAGUCUUGCAAGAUAGAUAUACAGACCAAAACAAUAUGCUGUCAGACAAUCUGCAUCUUUCAUAGAUUUACAGAAUUAAUUCUAAACUAUCAGAAUCCAGUAAUGUUGGUAACAGACUAUCACGGUGAUGGUACACUCUGUAAUUUCUUUCAUUUACUUAUAAAAUAGACAUAUUUGAUUCAGUUAUAGUCUUUUAUGCUCUCUGCACAGAUAACAGCUUCCUAGUGUUGCCAUUAUGAAUCAUUGAGUUUUAAGUAAAAUCAGUGAUGCUGUCACAUAGUCUUAACAGCAGGCUUGUGCAUCUCCAGCUCAGAGGUGAAAACUUCCUGUCUGCAAGGCAGGAAGAGAUCCAAGUAGAGAUCCUUAUAGACCUGCACAGGUGCUUGCUUCCUUUGACUACAUGGGGAUUAUCUGAGGAAUAAGCUAUAGGAAAAUAGCCGAACUGGGGAAGACUAUUCCCAAGAAACUGCUUGUGGUACAGAAUUUUAACUCUGCCUUGAUAAGAUAAAACACAGUGACUUCUCUGUGCAGUUCCUAAAGAUUUUUAGAAUUCUGCUAGUAGAAUCAUAGAAUCAAUCAUUUGGUUUGGAAGGGUCACAAUUCUUUUCGAAAAGAUGUGAGUCGGUAUAUCUGAUAUGAUAGUCUGAUGUGUAUGAUGAUGUGAAUUCACCAAAGUUGAUAAAUAAAUUGCUAAGUUGAUAAAUAAAUAAAAGCCAAUUUGCUUUGUGUACAAUGAAAGCAGAAACAGAAAUUAAUGUUAUCAUUGUGUUAUAUACUAUUUAAUGGAAAAUGGAAUUUUAAAUAAAUUUUUUUCUUCUUUUCUUCCUACCUUUUAUCCUUCUUCUUCUUCCUCAUCUUCUCUCUGCCUUGACAUUGGGGAUAAAAAAUGUGACUUUCUAGACACUGUAAUGUACUUAAAAGCAUGAAGUUAAUACAUUUCAAACAGCCAAAGACUUUUUGUUAGGAAGCAUAUAAAGAAUUUGCCAUUUAUUUAAUUGCCAGUGUUUUUGCUGUUUGCUGUGUCCUUUUGUUUUAAUGAGUAAACCAAAGAAUAUUUGCACUCCAAACU